AUGAAGACUACGUCGAGCUGGGCACUGACAUUGUGUGCCAGCUUCGCGUUGUGCGAAGCCCGUUCUCUCUGGUCUUCGAUCCCCACGACGUACGGAGAUUCGAGUUCCGACACAUACUUGCUCAAGACUGGCUAUCCUAUUGGCAACGGCAAACUCGGGGCGAUCCCGUUCGGUCCGCCUCAUGCGGAAAAGGUCAACUUGAACAUUGACUCCCUGUGGGCGGGUGGCCCUUUUGAGGCUUCGAACUACACAGGUGGCAACCCUACAGAGCCAAAGUAUGGAGCUCUUCCUAAGAUCCGCUCAACCACCUUUGAGAAUGGAACCGGAGACGUCUCCCCCAUCCUCGGCUCGGGAGCGAACUACGGAGGUAACCGCGUUCUAGCCAACAUGACAGUCACAAUCGACGGCGUGGGCAACUACACCUCCUACAAGAGGACUCUCGACCUGACAACUGGCGUUCACUCGACAAAGUUCACCGCAAACGCCGCAAACUACGAGAUCACACAGCUCUGCUCGUACCCGGACCAAGUAUGCGUAUACCACAUCGCCUCCUCCUCCUCCUCUUCCGCCUCCAUACAUGUGGCGACCUUGCCCGCCGUCACGAUAGGUUUCGAGAACCAGCUCAUCGCAACCGACACCUUCAACACCAGCUGCGGUGGGGAUCACGUCCGCUUCACCGGCGUCACGCAGCUCGGGCCGCCCGAGGGCAUGAAGUUCGACUCCAUCGCAAAGUUGUCCAGAGACUCCGCGUCCGCAGCCGCCGCCACCAACUGCACAACCUCCGGCAUGAUGCAAAUCACGCCCGGCACAGGCCAAAAGACUUUGACAAUCGUCAUCAGCGCCGAGACAAACUACGACCAGAAAAAAGGCAACGCAGCAAACUCCUACUCCUUCAAAGGCCAAGACCCAGGUCCCACCGUCCAAACCCUCUCCUCCGCCGCAUCUUCAAAGCCCUAUUCCGACAUCCUGUCCUCCCACAUUGCAGACUACCAACGCCUCCAAUCCGCCUUCCAACUGACCCUCCCGGACCCCCUCUCCUCGGCCGAAAGAGAAACAGCAGACCUCAUCCAGGAAUACCUCUACACCUCCCCCGGCGACCCCUACCUCGAAGCCAUCCUCUUUGACUACGCCCGCCACCUCCUCAUCGCUUCCUCCCGCGAGAAUUCCCUCCCUGCCAACCUCCAGGGCCGCUGGACGGAGCAGCUCUCGCCCGCGUGGAGCGCGGAUUACCACGCCAACAUCAACCUCCAGAUGAACUACUGGCACGCCGACCAGACGGGCCUCGCAGAGACGCAGGUCGCGCUGUGGAAUUACAUGGAGGAUACCUGGGUGCCCAGGGGCACCGAGACCGCGGCGCUGAUAUACAACGCCAGCGGAUGGGUUGUACACAACGAGAUGAAUAUCUUUGGACAUACGGCCUUGAAGGAGGGCGCCGAGUGGGCAAACUACCCAGCAGCAGCAGCCUGGAUGAUGCAAGAAGUCUACGACGCCUUCGAAUACACCCAAGACACAACCUGGUUCGCCCGCCAAGGCUACCCCCUCAUCAAGGGCGUCGCCGCUUUCUGGCUCACCCAGCUCCAAGACGACACCUUCUCCUCCGACGGGGCCCUCGUCGUAAACCCCUGCAACAGCCCAGAGACCGGCCCCACGACCUUUGGCUGCGCACACUACCACCAAGUGAUCCACCAAGUCUUUGACUACACCCUCCGCGGCGCAACCUUCCUCCCCGAUCCCCCUUCCCCCGAAUCACAGCAGUUCCUCGACGCCGUGGCCGCCUCCCUCGCAAAACUAGACAAGGGCGUCCACAUCGCCUCCUGGGGCGGCCUCAAGGAAUGGAAGCUCCCCGAAGAACCACCCUACAACGCCGACAAACCCUCGACGCACCGCCACCUCUCCCACCUAACAGGCUGGUAUCCAGGCGCCUCCCUCUCCGCCUUCCUCGCCGGCUACACGACAAACCUCCCCCUCCAAUCCGCCGUCCGGGAAACCCUCCUCUCGAGAGGCAUGGGCAACGCCCCCGACGCAAACGCAGGCUGGGCCAAAGUCUGGCGCGCAGCCUGCUGGGCCCGCCUCAACGACACGGAGCGCGCCUACGCGCAGCUCCGCUACGCAAUCAGUGUCAAUUUCGCGGGCAACGGGCUGAGCAUGUAUUCUGCCACCGACCCGCCGUUCCAGAUUGAUGCCAAUUUCGGGUUGGCGGGCGCGGUGCUGAGUAUGCUGGUUGUUGACCUGCCGCUGCCGUACGCCUCCCCUUCCGUGGGGGACGAAGAGGAUGUCAGGACCGUGGUCCUCGGACCCGCUAUCCCGGCCAGGUGGGGCAGCGGGAGCGUAAAGGGGUUGCGGAUCCGGGGCGGCGGGGUCGUUGACUUUGGAUGGGAUGAGCAGGGGGUCGUGAAUGAGGCUGUAGUGAGGUCUCGGAGCAGAGCAGCGGGAGGCCGCAAGGUUCGGAUUGUGAACAUUCAGGGGAGGAUUUUGGCUCAGAUUUGA